AUGGCUUCCCUCAACCAAUGUCUUGCCUCGCUGGCAAGACUCAGCUUAUCGGCGCCAGCCCGCCCAAUAUUAGCCUCAACGAUCCCCAAAUUCCUCGCCCCCGCCACGGCGACACCUAUCGCUCACUAUGCGACGGUCAUUAAGCGGGCGCAAAAGAAAAAGAAGAACUACAAGACAUAUAAGUGCUGGGACUUGAGCGAAAUGGAGCAGUAUCUACGUGCUUUCGAGGUCGGCAACCCUCCACAUGUGUCCAAGUAUGAACUGCACGUCAAGCUGAGGACAGGAAAGGGCGGUCCCGUCUUGCGCAACCGUAUCCGCUUCCCUCACCCAGUCAAGAGCGACGCCCGUAUUGGUGUCAUCUGCCCCGAGAACAGCCCCUUGGCGGCCGAAGCGUUGGCGGCUGGUGCUGUGGCCGUUGGCCAGGAGACACUGUUCGAGAGGAUUCGGCAAGGAGAUAUCCCGUUCAACAAGUUGAUUUGCCAUGUGAACAGCGAGGCGGCCUUGAAGAAGGCCAAUCUUGGGCGCAUCCUUGGUCCCAAGGGCAUGAUGCCCAAUCAUAAGACCAAGACGAUCACGCGUAAUAUCAGGGAGACGGUUGAGGAGCUCAUUGGCGCCGAUGAGUACAGGGAGCGUACGGGUGUGGUGAGGAUUGCGGUCGGCCAGUUGGGCUUCACACCGCAGAUGCUUUCGGACAAUAUCAAGGCCUUCAUGUCGCUUCUCAAGCAGGACCUUGCAAAUUGCGACGAUAACCACCCCAAGUCGCUUGAUGAGGUCGUUUUAAGCUCAACCCAUGGGCCCGGGUUCAGCUUGGACGGCACCUUCUUCUCAAAAGAUGAGAACUUGAAGCCGGAACACUUAACAUCAGCUAUGUAA